AUGCGGAUGCUGCUAUUUCUCAGUGCGCUGUUAGGGGUGUUCGGGUUGGAGAAAGCGUCCCCCGUGGACACCCAGCAGCUUCGGGCCCUUCACUGCCCGCCCUGCGAGCAGAUACACUGCUCUUCCCGGCGGGCGCUGAAGCUCCAGUGUAAAGGGGGCGUGACGACGGGUGUCUGUGGAUGCUGCCCCGUGUGCGCCAAGACGGAGGGGGAGACCUGCGGGGGGACGUGGGACUACCUGGGGAAGUGCGACGAGGGGCUGGUGUGCGUUUUUCAGGACUCAGCAGCUCCCAAACCAGACGCAGAGCGCAAAGGGAUCUGCAAAGCAGUGAUUGAACAGCUGGAUGCAGAGAGCUGCCAACCAGAGUGCACCAAGGAGUACUGCCAGGCCAACCCCUCUGCAAUCUGCUCUGCCAGGUCUACGUCUCUGCAGAAUAAAGAGUGCCAGGGCUCCUGCCAGCACACGUCCUGCUCCAGCUGUCUGCUGCUGAAGCGUCCAUCGUGCUCUCAGACCUGCGUCCCGUCCGAUUCCACCUGUCUGCAACACUUUGGGAAGUGUGUGCACAAUCACCUGACUGCACCUCACAGUCCCAUAUGCCACAACAACCUCCAGAGUAACUGCGAGGGGCAUUUUGUGUGCUUGAUCCCGGACUGUCCGAGCUCAUCCAGCUAAGAAGAAACCAAGAGGAACACUUGUAGCAAAAUGUGAAGAAAGGCAGCUAUGUUUAAACCCUGUGAAUAUCUUAAAACUACUUAAUCAA